AUGGAGGAGGGGUGCAAGGUGAUCGUUGACAUCAACGCGCUGGUGGAGCAGCGCAUGCUGGCCCGCUGGCGCACCCUGCUGCCACGAGCGCCCCCCACGCCGCCCAUGGCACCUGUUGAGUGGGACACGUCGUACAGCGACGUGCCACGAGGCAUGACAGAGGAGGAGACCCACCACGACGACGAUGAAGAAAAGGAGCUGCUGCUCAUGCUGCUGGUCGAUUCUUGCACUACUACCUCCGUUGAAGGAGACAUGGUCUCUCGCGGUGGUGGAGCGCUGCACCUGGAGGCCGUGUGCUUGAGCGACUGGGUGUUUGCGUCGAGCGGACCCCACGCCUGCCUCUCCUUCCUCGACCCCCAUCAUGAGCACGACCACGACAAUGACGUCGACGCAGUGGACAAGCAGGCGCUGUUCGCCUGGCUUGGACGGACCCUCGUGAGCGUCAACAGCAAGCGCGUGUGGCAGGACCUUCACGCAGCAGGAGGCUCCCACAGGAUUGCGAGCCAGUUGGUCGCGCGGCUGUGGCAGGCCUUGAGUCUGCUGGCGCAAACCGUCCAAGCCCACGCUCACGAAAGCCGCACCAGAGGAAGAGUCGAGGACACGGAACAAACCGCGCUGGUGCUGAUCGAAUGCCUGCACUUCCUCUCACAGCAGGCAUAUUGUCGAGUCUACACGGCCUCGACCAUCACAGCGGGCGAUAACGUGCACAGUCUGCUCCGCAUGGCCGCCAAGCAGGUGGCACAGUCUAUCAGUCGUGGCGAUCCAACAAGCUCUGAAUGGAGAUGCCUGCCGGAUGAGCUGGCAGAAGUGGUGGACACAUUCUUGCGGAAGGAGAGGGAGAAGAGGCAAACCUACGCUACCCAGACGAAGAAGGUUUGGACACUACGCACAGCGAGCAUCAGGGCUCUAACAGCGAUCUGCAAUGUCUGCGUGCUGGAUAAGAAUGCCUAUGCACUGUUGGAGUCAAAGAUGAACAACGAGCAGUGGCAGAACCGGUAA